GUGCUGUAAAGAAGCAUUGUCCUAUCAAAGUGUACUAAUAUCUAAGCAUCAGCAUUAUUAGUAUUGGUUCAGAGCAUCAAAGAAAUACAUCCAGUCGAUAUGAGGACACAUCAGCUCGUUAUAUAUGUUAUCGGAAAAUACGACAUGGCUAAACCACAGCGGUUGGCGAGUGUUUCACCGAGUGUCGGAAACUUUGUGAAGAACCGCAAGCCUUACGCACGAUCUGAGAGCAAAUGAGCCCAGGCGUCGUUGGGAGAUGAAGGAAUAAAAGGCGGGAAGUGUUACGCGCUGGGAUCAGAAAGGAGUCCCUUCUGGCGCCUUUAUUGCUCGCUGCGUCGCCUUAGGAGAGGAAUGAAAUGGAAGAACCGGCAUCCUACGUUAUGACUCAAGUUCUCGAAGAUCCUUACAAGUCUCUCCUGGAAAACCUCUCCGUGCAGUAUCCUCACAUCGACUGGUGGGGGCCCUUCAACAUCACGUCGUAUAACCUCACGGACUUCCCUUUCCUCCUGGACGACGACGACGGAGCGGGAGGAGGAGGAAGAAGAGGGACGGGAGGAGGUCUAGGGUACAUGGAGAGCGCCGGCGAAGCGAGCAACGCCACCGGAGGAGCGGCGCUUCUGUACGAGGUCCCGACCAGCCUCGUCGUGCUCCUGUCGUUCUUCUACGGCAGCAUCUCCCUCGUGGCCGUCGUCGGGAACGCCCUCGUCAUGUGGGUCGUCGCCACGUCCAAGAAGAUGCACACCGUCACCAACUACUUCAUCGCCAACCUCGCCCUCGCCGACAUCAUCAUCGGGCUCUUCGCCAUCCCUUUCCAGUUCCAGGCGGCGCUGCUCCAACGCUGGAACCUGCCCCAUUUCAUGUGUUCCUUCUGCCCCUUCUUCCAAACGGUGAGCGUCAACGUGUCCAUCUUCACGCUCACCGCCAUAGCCGUCGACAGGUACCGGGCGAUCGUCCACCCCUUCACCACAAGGCCUUCCAAGCUGAGGAGUAAGGUGGUCAUCGCCUCCAUCUGGCUCUUCAGCACAACGCUCGCGAUUCCCAACGCCAUCGCCCUCCGCGUGGUGCGCGUGCCGGACGAGGCCACGGGCCGAGACAAGCCGUACUGCGCGGCGGUCAACAUCGACUCCGUGGUGAUGUGGACUUACUCCCACGUCAUGGUCGGCCUCCAGUACUUCCUUCCUCUGGGGAUCAUCUCCUUCGCCUACAUCAGGAUGGGCUGGGAGCUGUGGGGAGCGCACCCCGGGAACGCGGAGGACGCGCGCGACGCCCACGUGCUGCGCAAUAAGAAGAAGGUCAUCAAGAUGCUGUCCAUGGUGGUGAUCCUCUUUGCCGUGUGCUGGGCGCCCCUCCAGACCUACCACGUCCUCCAGGAGAUCUACCCAGCCAUUAAUAGGUAUCGAUACAUUAAUAUAAUCUGGUUCUGUUGCCACUGGCUUGCAAUGAGCAACAGCUGCUGCAAUCCUUUCAUCUACGCCAUAUAUAAUGAAAAGUUCAAAAGGGAGUUUCGACUGAAGUUUCGUUGUUGCUUCAGACACCUGGACUCUCUGGAAGCCCUUGACAUCGAGAAGUCCAAAUGUCACUUUCCCGUUGGAGGUCCAGAAGUGCACCUUCACAAGGCCACGCUUCUCUCGAGCCCUCCAGACCUCAGGCGCAACGGGGGUUCGUCUGCCUCUCCCUACGUCAUCAGGCCCGUGCACGAGCAUGAGCGCAGCCACGAGGUGCACGUCUGCGUCCCCCUCAAGGCCCAGGCACGUCUUCACCCCGACCGCCACUGCCCGAACAAGUGCGGGGACACCAAGAUAAAGAGGCUUUGCUGCGCUGCUGAUCCGGGGCUGAACAGCUGUUCGUGGGGGAAGGCGCUCGUGGCGAGGGUAAUGGCGAUGAUGUAUGGCUAUUACACGAGAACUAUGAACUCAGCACCGAAGGACACGUUACUGACGAAGGGCACGUUCUUCUUUGGUUUUCCUUGGUGUCAUGUCGCUAGGGUCGAAAAUGGCUUGGGGUUAUGGCGAGUGUCCACGUGGCGCUUGGCAGGAACGUACCAAGGCCGCGUGGGUUGGGUCCGAGUUGAGGUCUUGGGAAUAUUUUAA